UAUCGCCCCUCUUCCUCCUGAUAGCAGUCGUUUCUCGGCACAGCAUCGACCUCGGUGAGCCCCGCGACGUCCAGGUGGGAAAUGGGAAAAAUGCAGGUUCUGGCCGUGCUGGCGGUGACGCUGGCCGUGUGCCGCGUGCACGCCACCGUUUAUUUUCGGGAGGAGUUCACUGACGGCGAUGCGUGGAAAAGUCGCUGGGUGACCUCCAAAUACAAGUCUGACUAUGGAGAGUGGAAACUCACUGCUGGGAACUUCUAUGGAGAUGCUGAGAAAGAUAAAGGUCUUCAGACAAGCCAAGAUGCUCGUUUCUACGCUACCUCUGCUCGUUUUGAUCCUUUCAGCAAUGAGGGGAAAUCCUUGGUCAUUCAGUUUACAGUCAAGCACGAGCAGAAGAUCGACUGCGGCGGCGGCUACGUCAAAGUCUUCCCCUCCGAGUUGGACCAGACUAACAUGCAUGGAGAAUCCAGCUACUACAUCAUGUUUGGCCCUGACAUUUGUGGCUACAGCACCAAAAAGGUUCACGUCAUCUUUAACUACAAGGGCAAGAAUCACCUCAUCAAGAAAGAAAUCAAAUGCAAGGAUGAUGAGCUGACCCAUCUCUACACGCUGAUCCUGAAUUCAGACCAGACCUAUGAGGUGAAGAUUGACAACGAGAAGGUUGAGUCAGGCAGUCUGGAGGAUGACUGGGAUUUCCUGCCACCUAAGAAAAUCAAGGACCCCGAAGCCAAAAAGCCAGAGGACUGGGACGACCGCGCUAAAAUCGACGAUGCUACCGACACCAAGCCUGAGGAUUGGGACAAGCCCGAAAACAUUCCAGAUCCUGAUGCCAAAAAGCCCGAAGACUGGGAUGAGGAUAUGGAUGGAGAGUGGGAGCCACCGAUGAUCCCCAACCCCGAGUACAAGGGAGAGUGGAAACCUAAACAGAUCGACAACCCCAACUACAAGGGCCAGUGGGUGCAUCCUGAGAUUGACAAUCCCGAGUACAGUGCCGAUUCCACCAUCUACAAGUUCGACAGCAUUGGCGUUUUGGGUCUUGAUCUCUGGCAGGUGAAAUCUGGCACCAUCUUUGACAACUUCCUGAUUACCGACGAUGUGAAGGAAGCGGAAGACGUUGGAAAGGAGACCUGGGGUGUGACAAAGGAGCCAGAGAGGAAAAUGAAACAGGAGCAGGACGACUUGAAACGAAAAGAGGAGGAGGAGAAGAACAAAGAGCAGGACACAGGUGACGAAGACGAAGAUCUAGAUGAGGAAGAGGAGGAAGAAGAAGAGGAGGAAGAUGCGAAAGAAGACACUGAGGAAGCACAAACUUUGGAGGAAGACAAACCCAAAGAUGAGCUUUGAGGAGGCGUGGCCAGAGAGUUUGCUUUCCUGCCCCACCUUCAGAAACUCUGUCCUGCACUUCCCAGGGGUAUUGUGGCUGCUGUGCAUCCUUUCCCUGAGAUCUGGACACGACCCGACACGGGAAUCUCAUGUAGUAAUUAGGGGAAAGGGGGGUGUUCGUGGACAUGGUGUCUUUCAUUUUGGUCAUUGUUACCCCAGAACUACUGGAUUGAUUCUGCAGUUUUCCUCUGACUAAAGUUCAUUCCUCAUAUUGUAAUUACACAGCUGUCAUCUGCUGUUUUUUGGUUUGUUUGUUUUUUCCCCUUUCUCUCUUCACAUGUGCUAUUUUUUCUGCUUCUCUUUGGAAAGUGGUUGUCUGUUAGUGUUUAGAUGGUAGACCUUUUGAAGCUAAUGCUAAAAAUGACACAUGGGGGGGGAAAUGAUGAAUAUCCAUUCAGCUUUAAGUCCAUUGAUUGUGAUUGAGAGUUUUUCCUCAAGGUCCUGAACACAAAACAUGUGAAUCAAAAUGACAUAAAUCCAGAUUAAUGUAUGUAACUUAUUUUGGUUUUCUGUGGCACUGACUUUUUUUUUUUUUUUUUUCAUUUCCAUACACUUUAAAGGAAUAUCUGAAAUGAUUCAGUCACGAAUGACUUGUCCAUACAAUCAGAAAUCUGGAGAACCCCUGUUGUGAUUCGAGAGGGUCACAGGUAUUUUAAUUGGACAGAGUGAUAUUGAUACCAAACUUUUAAUAAAAACAUAAGUCCACCGUG